AUGGCUUCCUCUGUGCCCUCCACCGGCUCGACCAAGGUCGACGCCGUCGUCGAGAAGGCUGCUGCCAACGCCCCCGGCCAGCUUUCCGGCCUCGCCCUCUACUCCAGAUUCGCCCUUGCCGGUGCUGUCUGCUGCUCCGUCACCCACGGUGCUCUGACUCCCGUCGAUGUCGUCAAGACGAGGAUCCAGCUCGACCCCGCCACCUACAACCGCGGUAUGAUCGGUGGUUUCCGCCAGGUCAUCCAGUCUGAGGGUGCCGGCGCUCUGCUCACCGGUUUCGGCCCUACCGCCGCCGGUUACUUCCUCCAGGGCUCCCUGAAGUUCGGAGGAUACGAGUUCUUCAAGCAGCAGUCCAUCAACCUGAUUGGCUACGAGAACGCCGUCAACAACCGCACUGCCGUCUACCUCGCCUCCUCCGCGGCCGCCGAGUUCUUCGCCGACAUUGCCCUGUGCCCCCUCGAGGCCACCCGUAUCCGUCUCGUCUCGGAGCCCACCUACGCCUCCGGUCUCAUCUCCGGCUUCAGCAAGAUGCUCAAGAACGAGGGUAUCGGCGCUUUCUACGCCGGAUUCGGACCCAUUCUUUUCAAGCAGAUCCCCUACACCAUGUCCAAGUUCGUCGUCUUCGAGAAGGUCUCGGAGGCCAUCUUCCGCAAGUACCCCAAGAACACCCUCUCCGACGGUGCCCAGACUGCUGUCAACCUCGGCUCUGGUCUCAUUGCCGGUUUCGCCGCCGCCAUCGUCUCCCAGCCCGCCGACACCAUGCUCUCCAAGAUCAACAAGACCCAGGGUCUCCCCGGUGAAGGCACCACCUCCCGCCUCAUCAAGAUCGCCAAGGAGCUCGGCAUCCGUGGCUCCUACACCGGUAUCGGUGCCCGUCUCUUCAUGGUCGGUACCCUCACUGCCGGUCAGUUCGCCAUCUACGGCGACCUCAAGAAGGCCCUCGGUGCCACCGGCGGUGUCGAGAUCUCCAAAUAA